AUGAGGCAGGUUGAUCCAAAUAUGCCACUUUAGAAAAGUGAAGUUUGGGAGAUUGAAAGUUAGAAGGUAAGAAAUGGCAGAAUUUUUGUUAGGAUGGACAGUGCAAACAGAUAGAAAUACCUAGGUUUGUGAUUGUGGAAGGGUUACCUCAACUAAGCCGUAAAAUUCCUCCUACUUACAUUCAUACAAAUAUUGUAUAUCCAGAUGAAAACGAAUAUUCAUGUGACGAAGAAGAUUAAGCACUUGGAGUAGAUCCACUCGCCAUCUAAUAACUAGACAUCAGGAAUAACCUAUCGAACACUCGGAACUACGUUCGCCAAUAUGAAUUGCUGAAUUCCAUUAAUUACCCUCCAGAAUAUUAUAAUGCUAAGGUUGAACGUCUUCAACGACCUCUGUUGCGAGUGUUCAUGAGGGCCCAGGAAAAUGAGUAAAAAAUCAUUUUUAUAUUCAUCACUAGUUACCGAAUGAACAUGGCCUUUCGUCCUAGUAGAGCCUACAAAUAAAAAAGGUUGAAACGACUCAAUAUCUAACUUCCUGAAUUUUAAGUUGGCAGACAAAUCAUCUACAAUGAGAAUCUGGUUGCCCUUCAUCUCAUUUCUUAAAUUAAGCAGCGUGAACUAUUAAAAUUAAAACUAAUUAAAUAAGAUGAAGAAGAAUUUACAAGUACAUUUAGCAAUUGCUCAGACAUAUUCAACACACUCAAAGACCUAAGAGUAGCACUCAAAGAAGAAGAACCAUCAGAUAAUAAGGAUCAUAGAUCCAAGAUUUUUGAUUCAUGUCAGGAUCCAGAAUGUGCCUACCAAUUCAAUCCACCUUUAAUCUCCUAAGCCGUCAUUGAGUUUAUGGACGAUCAAUAUUAAUCCAUCAAGGACAAGCAAGUUCUCUGGCCUAAACAUCCAACCAUACUAUCAGAUUGGAAUCUCGACAAUUAUUCAAAAAUUGGAGUUCAUUAAUCCAAUAAAUAGUUAGUUUAUUCCACUUUUGACAGAACUCUCUUCAUCUAGGAUAGAACCAAAAAAAACAAAAAGAAGGUCAAAUUGAUGUUGAUUGAUAGAAAUAGAGCUUCAGUUUUUGAUGGGGUCAGAGCUGAUUACGAGCAUUUCUACUCCCAUUAUCAGAGACAAUUGAACAAAAUGGAAAGCACUAUUGAAUAACAAAGGAAAGAAAUACAGAAAUUGAAAUAGGAAUAGGCGAAAAAGGAAUCCAUGUUGAAAAUGCAAUAGAAGAAAGAAGAACAAAGGAAAUUACUUAAAAUUAGAUUGAAAGUGAAUUAUGUGGAAGAACCAAAAAUAGUUAAGACUGUAAAAAUCAAACAUUCUGAUGAAUUGAAGUUUUUAUUAGUCAAACAUGAUUCAACUUCUACUUAAUUGAGAUAGGAGAAUUGUUAGAUCAUUUUACAAUGA